AUGGAUCGUCCGCGUCGAGCUAGUUUUUCCAGCAGCUUUUUGAGCCAUUGUGUUCGUUACAGCGGUAAAACUGCUCUGGUUGGUUUCUACUGCCUAAGUUAGCCUUUUUCAUCUUUAUAUGUACUGUAAAAUGGUCUGACCACAACCUAGUAUAGGCCAUUCCGCGCCAGAUUGUCACGAUUUUUUUCUCUCCGAGUUAGAGAAUCGUUCCGUUCGAAGCGCGUGGGAUGUUUCGCUGUCUGCGCCUUUAAUUUGACUAGAAAUAAUAAAGACACAGGAAGAGAUAAUAUUGCGUGCAUCGAAAGGGAAGGGUUCUGUAGCUCAGAGGGAGACAAAAACCUUAACAAACUGGCGCGGGAUGGGCUAUAAAUGUCUGACCUUUUGAAAUAUCGUUUUUUCGCCCCGACGGGGUCAUGGAAUCACGCUAUAGGAUAAAUCUGUACUUUUAAUUCAAAGCGAUUUAUUUCAUAAAACUCAGAUCGAGAAUGGAGUGAAGGAACCCUAUGAGCAAUUCGUAUCAUCAACGCAAAAAUGGUUUGAGAAGAUGUCAAAACUUCAAAAAAAGUUCUGUCUUUUUCAAAAUAAAUAUAAUUUUCUGAUUGUUCAGCAAAGAUGGCGACGUGAGAGUGGCUGUAUUGUGCAAAAAUUCCGCAGAGUUCCUCAAAAUUGUCCUCGCUAGUCUUCACGUCGGUCUCACCGUAGUUCCCUUGAAUCCCUCUCUCAAGCCAUGUAACCAAAAGCUUUCCGAUUCCAGAGAAAAUUGCUUCAGAUGAACUGGAGACCUACUUAGCGCAGGCCGCAGUGAACCUUCUGGUUUAUGAUUCUGCUGCGAUUUCCGAGGAGCAGCUACCAUCCGACGUCCCGAAAUUUUCAAUAAUUCAACUUCAAGCUUCUGACUUUGACAAGGAAGAAAAUGUCGAAUAUACAGAGAAAAAGAGCGGAGAAAUAAUAUUUUUCUCUUCUGGGACAACUGGGCUUCCGAAGCCCUUCAUUUAUUCUCAGCGCGUGUUGAACGCUCAGUUGCGGCAAUUUCAGUGAGUUGCUUAGGGACUUCAGAGUGGUCUCUAUAGGGGCUCUUGGAGGUUCCCCUCUAGGGGUCAUUUUACCAACUCCUAUAGGGCCCACUAAAGCUUGCAAAAGUGGUCCCUAUUGAAGAAAUGAUAGUCGAUCAUUUUUAUGAGCUCUAUGCGAAGAAGCAUUUUCAUGGGAAAAACUAAAAAAAUAACCUUCUUUGAAUAAAAUUGAACGACCCCUAUAGGGUUCACUUAAGUUUUUGAGGCUGAGGGGUCAGAACCUCAAACCCUAUAGGGACCACUAAUCGAGGCUGUCUUUCUCCUCUUAUAUGGCUUUUUUGAAGAAUGAUCGCUGCUGAUGAUAAGUUCUUCUCGCCAGAUUCAAAAGAUGUUUGUUACGGUGUCCUACCGUACUUCCACGCCGGCGGUUUGAUUACAGGUUCUCAAACAAAAAGGAAGUCGAAAAGACAAUUUUCAGUCUUUUCGAUGCUUUUCUGCGGCUGCAGUGUUGUAGUCAACGGCCGUUGGAAUGAGCGAGAAUUUUUUGAGACUAUUCAAAACUUCCAAGUAACUAGACCAAAAAGAUCUAAAUGCAAGGUUUUUACAGGUCAGCUGUCUUUACAUCGUGCCUCCUGUGAUGAAGUUCUUAUCUUCAACCGCUAUCAUUCAUGAAUAUCAGCUUGAUUCUUUGAGGUUUGAUGAACUCAGCGAUCCCAGAGUGGUCCCUAUAGGGGUUUAGGGUCUGACCCCCUAGCUCGCAAAGCUCAAGUGGACUCUAUAGGGGUUUUUCCAUUUCAUCCAAAAGACGCGUAUUCAUUCAGUUUUUAUUGCUGAAAAAAGAAGAUCCUAGGACCAUCUACGUGGGCGCAGCUCCAACGGAUGUUCGUUGCUUUUCGGCUGUUUCCGACCGGCUUCCAAAUCUUCAAAACCUAAUACAAUGUGAGAUUGUCCUGAGAAAUGAAAGGCAGUCUAAUAUCAGUGUACGGAGCAACAGAAUGCGGUGUUUUGAUAUCGAGUAGCCUGAAAGGAAAGACGGAUGGACGUCACGUAGGAAAAGCGCUUCCAGGAGUCAAGCUGAAGGUUUUCAUGUACAAAUCAAACCAAUAUUAAGACUCAUUAUUAUAAUUGUUACGUUUGAAGAAAAAUAAAGAAUCCACUUUCAGAUUGACCGUGAGGGUCAUAUUCACGUGUUUUCCUUGACAAGUACAACGAGGAACUUCAUGGACACAGGUCCCCUCUUGAUUCUCCAAACAAAACGUAUUUUUUCAGGAGAUCUCGGUGAAAUCGAUAAAGCAGGUAACUUGGUGAUUCUAGGAAGAGAUAAAGAGAUGCUCAAGGUUCGAGGCUGGCAGGUGAAUCAGAAAAAAGUCUUUGCGUUCAAAAAAUAAAUAUUAGGUGAAUCCGAAUGAGGUUGAGAAUAUGAUCCGACGUCUCGAAGACGUUCAAGACUGCGCUGUUUUCGUCAAACAAACUGUAAUUCUAGAUAGCCUGUGUACCACGACUUGGAAUUUCACCGAACGACAUUCCGCUGUUCCGCUGCGCGCUUUUAAUUUUUGUUUUCUUUCAUCAAGGUACUUUUCUUUCAUGUGUUCCCACAACAAUAGCAAUCAUUUUAAAAGACGCUUCGCGAACGCACGCAGCGGAACAGCGGAAUGUCGUUCCGUGAGAUUUCAAGUCGUGGCACACAGACUAUACAGACUUUAUCAUUUUAGUUUUUCUUACAGGAAGAACAAGAAGAUCACUUGAUGGCUUUAGUAGUUGGUCAGACGCCUCUCGAAAAGGUCAAACGAAUUGUUCGUGGUUAGUCAUUUUUCAUUAUUCGUUAAUUUUUGAUGUUUGAAGAGAACCUCGCCUCAUAUAAACAACUGCAUGAGGCGUUCCGAGUUCCAUCGUUACCUCGCAACACGUCAGGAAAACUACAAAGGCAAUUGCUUCACGAGCUUGUUCCAAAAUAA